AUGCUACACCCAAAGUCUCGCAAGAUCCAAAGGAAUGGCGCCGACCAACCAUGUAUAUUUGUCCAUGCUGGUGCUGGUUACCACAGCUUGCAAAACGAAAAAAUUCACCUCCAGGCUUGUAACGAUGCUGCGAAAGCUGCCAUGAUGAUUCUGCGUACUGGCGGAACCGCUCUUGACGCUGUCGAGAUCGCUAUCAAAGUUCUGGAAGAUCGUGAGAUCACCAAUGCUGGCUAUGGAAGCAAUCUGGCUGUAGAUGGAGUCGUCGAGUGUGAUGCCACUAUUGUCGAUCAUUUUGGUCGUAGCGGUGCUGUCGGCGCUGUCUCUCAGAUCAAAAAUCCCAUAUCGUUGGCUCGCACGAUACUAGACCGUAGCACACAACUCCUCACUCUGCGUCGAGUCCCUCCGAACCUGCUUGUCGGUCAAGGUGCCAUCGAGUUUGCUGCAAGCGUGAACAUGCCUAUCCUACCCUACGAUGCCCUCGUCUCUCCCGCCGCAAAGGAACGCUGGUUGCAGUGGAAGAACGAUCUCAACAAUGUAGAGAAGAACAGGAGAAAUUCGUCGCCACAGACCUUGAGCUCGGUAAACUCGUCACCAUCCAAGCACUUUGUCCCCUUCGACUCUGAAGACCGUGAGCGGGAACAGAGACGCAGAGCACAUACACGUGCUCUUGAAGUCGGAGUCUGGAACGAAGCACAGCCCAUCACACCACUGCCGUCGUCGGACUCUCUUGCUCUUCAGAAUCAUACUCUGAGAACUCCGACAAAUGGUCUCCAAGCAACUGCUCUCCAAGCGACUGCUCUCACCCGAGCCCCGGCUGGCUACCCGGCAGAGCCUUUGAUGGUACAUUCUGACCCAUUCGGUCCACCAGGACCCCGUCCGGUCUACAGCUACUCUCCUAUGGCCAAUGUCAGUCGCAGAGUAAACGACGGACAUUACUCUAACAACUACUUUCCGGAACACUUCUCGUCUACUAGCAUGAUGAACCACGACCUCGACAUGCUGUCUGGACUACAUAACUCACGCUGGAGCGAUCGCCAUGAUGGAUCUUCAGGCGACUCUGGACAUGAGGCUGGUUCCGUAUCAUCAGGCUCUCUGCAGCUACCUUCGAUCACACCAAGUCCCGAGCUUGCGCCUGCUCGCGAACACUUGCCUGCUUUGGAAGACCUCGAUACUGAGAUGGUUGAAGUACCAGGUGAGCAGGCCAUUGACUCAUUAUCAUCCGAGCUCCCAGAUCUUGCCCCGGCCCCAGCCCCGCUCCUAUCUGCGCCACACAUAGACGACGAAGAUCACGUUACGGAUACUGUAGGCGCCAUCGCCAUCGACAGCUAUGGAAACAUCGCCUGUGGUGCCUCAUCUGGAGGCAUUGGUAUGAAGCACCGUGGUCGUAUUGGGCCCGCUGCUCUGGUUGGCAUCGGAUCUGCGAUUAUACCAGUUGAUCCGGACGACAAGGAUCGGAAUACAGUCGCUGCUGUGACAAGUGGAACAGGCGAGCAUAUGGCCACGACCAUGGCUUCGACCGUGACAGCUGAACGUCUCUUCUACAGCGUGAAGAAGACAUCGACUGGCAUUACCGAGACGGAUGAUGCCGAUGCGAUCAAAUCGUUCAUUGAACGUGACUUUAUAGGACAUCCCAGUGUCAAGAACAGUCAUUCAGCCGGCGCGAUCGGUAUCUUGGCCGUGAAAAGGACGCGCGAAGGAAUAUACCUACACUUUGCUCACAACACAGAUUCAUUUGCAUUGGCGUCUUUCCACGGAACAGAAUCGAAACCUACCUGCACCAUGUCUCGCAGCACGGGCAACGGGGCUAUCGCUCAAGGUGGACGUGCAAUCAGAUUCAGGGCCAGUAGAAAGAAUGGUUAA